CUACGGCACCCAAUUUCCAUUGGGUGUUGAAUGAUUCUCACCUCAGACGACUUUGACUACCAGCCGAAUAAUGACAUCUAUCUAUGGAUAUCCAGCACCCACCAAGUCCAUAGUCCUAAUGUUCAUGUUCACAAGAGGCUAGAGCGGAAUAUUAAUAUAAAUACACACACAUGGACUGCUGCCUGCCGCACGAGUAAUAAGAAGUUAGUUAGAUCCUCUAAUAUCCAUCCAUGGGUGAAAGAUCUCCUCUCCUUGUGAUCGUCAUCUCUCUUUCCGUGCUUUGCAUUGAUCUCGGGAUCUCGGAUGGUUUCUCCAUGAUCCGCUGUCAAGAGACAGAGAGGAAAGCCCUCAUGGAGUUCAAGCAACGAGUCCGUGAUCCUUCCCGUCGUCUUUCUUCCUGGGUUGGGGAGGAUUGUUGUAGUUGGGAAGGCAUCCGCUGCAGCAACGUCACUGGCCAUGUUAUCGAGCUCCACCUUCGCAAUAGACAUCGGUCGGAUGUUUCAUACAUGGAUUGCUCUGAGACUAACUUCGAUGAUGAUGAUGUUGGAUGCAGAUGGGCACUGCACGGUGGCAUAACUCCAUCAUUGCUUUCUCUCCAACACCUUAAUCAUUUGGAUCUUAGCGGCAACAACUUUGAAGGAAAUCGUAUCCCAGAGUUCUUGGGAUCCUUUGGAAGACUAACAUAUCUUAAUCUCUCAGGAGCAGGCUUCGGAGGUAAAGUACCUGAUCAGCUGGGAAAUCUCUCCACCUUGCACCAACUCGAUCUUUCUUAUAAUUUCUACUCGGAAGAUGAUUUUUAUAAAUUCUUAUACAUCGAAAACAUUGGAUGGAUCUCUCGUUUGACUUCUCUACAGCACCUUAACAUGAAUUGGGUUAGUUUUAGAAAUGUGUCCAACUGGUUACAAGCACUGAACGUGCUCUCUAGUAUUCAAGUGGUUGAAUUGGCUUAUUGUGGCUUGAGGGCCUUUCCCCCUUCACUACCACAUGUCAACUUCACAUCUCUUACAACUCUAAAUUUGUACGAUAACUUGAUCAACUCUACUGUGCCAGACUGGCUGUUUAACAUAACCAGCCUCGAGGUGCUUUCUCUUGGUUGGAAUUACCUCUACUGGCACACUCCUGAUUCUAUUGCCAAGUUGACAAAUCUCAGGUCACUCGACUUAUCUAGUAAUAUGUUCCACGACGGCUUCAGACCACAAGCUCUAUCCAACCUCUGCAAGCUCCAAAUUCUCUACCUAGAAGAGGUACCAAUCAACGAUAUGCUGUCCAAUCUAGAAUCGGUUUUCUCUGGAUGCCUAAUGUUUAGCUUAAAGGAAUUGGAUCUCCACGGCACCCAGUUGAGAGGUUCCUUGCCGGAUUGGUUGGGGAACUUCAAGAAUCUCAAGUCUCUUGAUCUUUCAAACAACUUCCUCUACGGAUCAGUUCCUGCAUCUCUUGGAAAUCUAUCAUCGCUGCAAUCUUUGUUUUUAUACUCCAACGAUUUGAACGGGUCGAUUUCAGAAGGCAUCGGAGGACUGAAGGGCCUUAUCAAUUUGGAUCUCUCUAAUAACUCAUUUCGCUUGUCAGAGGUCGACUUUGCUAAAUUAUCGAGUUUAAAGUUUUUGGACAUUUCUUAUAGCUAUAUUGAUUUGAAUAAAGGUGAUGACUGGAUCCCUCCUUUUCAACUUCAAAGUCUCUAUAUGACCUUUUGCCAAAUAGUGCCGAGGCCUCAUUUUCCGAAAUGGCUCCGAUUGCAAACAACUCUUCGUGAAUUAUCUUUAUCAAGUACAAGUAUCAAAGGAAGGAUUCCCAACUGGCUUCCUUCCUCUCUCGAGUAUUUGUAUCUUUCCAAUAAUGAGAUUAGCGGUGAUGUGCCACAAUAUCUUCCAAACCUAGUAGAUUUGGAUCUCUCAAACAACUCGCUGUCAGGCCAUCUUCCUCCAAGAAUCACAAACAUCAUGCCACAUCUUCAGUUUUUGGAUCUCUCAAAUAACUCAUUCUCAAGCCAACUUCCUCUAAGAAUCUCAAAUACAAUGCGAUAUUUAUAUUGGUUUGAUUUAUCUAUGAAUCAUCUGAGUGGGAGCAUCCCCUUGUCGUUUUGUCAAAAGAGGUUUUUGCAAGUGCUUCGACUUUCAAAAAAUAAUUUAUCAGGAGAGCUUCCUAAUUGCUGGAAAAAUUCCUCAAGUUUGUUUAUUUUGGACUUAUCGAACAACAAAUUCCAAGGAAGAAUUCCUGACUCUCUCAGCAAUUUGCAAAGCCUACAAUCACUGCAUCUGAGCAACAAUAAUUUAGUAGGGCAAAUUCCUCUUUCUUUAAAAGGUUGUACAAAUUUGGUUACUCUUGAUUUGGCUUACAACAACUUCAACGGAAAUAUACCAGCUUGGAUUGGGGAAAGCUUACCACACUUAAAGACUCUCAGCUUACGCUCGAAUGCCCUCACCGGAAGAAUUCCUGAACUAUCUCAUCUUACAUCUCUUCAAAUAUUGGAUCUCUCAAAUAACAAUCUUUCAGGAGCAAUACCACAUACCUUCAGCAACUUCAGUUCAUUAAAGAGGUCUUCUUCUUCAAGUGAUUUAUAUUUCAACAACUAUAGCUACGACGAUGAAAUGUGGCUCUUCAUAAAAGGGAGUGAACUCGAGUAUACUACAAGACAGCUUUCAUUUGAUAAAGUUAUUGAUCUCUCCAACAAUAGUUUAUCUGGCUUUAUUCCUGAGGAGUUGGGAAAUCUACAUGGAUUACGGAGCUUGAAUCUAUCUAGAAAUUACCUAACAGGGGAGAUACCGAGCAACAUUAAUGGAAUGCAACAAUUAGAAAUUCUUGAUCUCUCUAGAAAUAAUUUGUCUGGAGCGAUUCCUUCAACCUUGGCGGCGUUAAAUUUCUUGAGUUAUUUGAACUUGUCAUAUAACAAUCUUUCAGGUAGAAUUCCAACGGGUAGCCAAUUACAAACGCUUACAGAUCCAUCAAUCUAUGCCGGCAAUUCAGAUCUUUGUGGCUCUCCUCUUGCCAAAAUUUGUACGGAUGAUAUGCCAACAGAAGGUAAAGAAGAAGAGGAAAAUGAAAAUUCUAAGGAUAGACUUAAAAGUAUUUGGCUAUACAUGUGCCGUGCAGUAGGAUUUAUCGUGGGAUUUUGGACGAUUUGUGGAAGCAUCUUAUUGAACUCGAGAUGGAGGAUUGCUUACUUCCAAGCUAUUGAUAGCAUGUGUGAUAGGCUCUACGUGGUGCUGGUACUGAAUGUGGCGAUGUUCAAGAGGAAGCUACUGGUAGGAGGUCAAGUUGACUAAGCCGAUGGGAGCGUUCACCAUUAGUAUCAGGCAGUAUGUAUUGGGCUCAUGGUUUGCAUGUUUUUUCAUAAUCCACUGGUGACAUGAUUUUAAUUUUUGCAAGGACUAUCGAUUUGUCUUUCUGAAUUCUCUUAGCAUCAAAAUUUUAGUUCAUCAAAGUAUGAGUUCUCUUCCUAUA